UUAAUUACAUUGGAACAGUUUCAAGACAAGACCAGUGUUAAUCAUUUUCUUAGAGUCUUUCUUCAUCGUAUCAAAGAGAUGCAGGGUAUCAACAUUUUUGUGGUUUUGGUGAUCGUGGCUCUCUUUGGGCUAGUCUUUGCGGCACCUGCUGAAGAGCUAUCUGGUGUCGAGCAGCUCCCAGCGAUGCUGGUGCGGUCGGGGCCGGCGCAACUGGCGCUGGGGUCGCCGCAGACGCGCCAGUGCACCAACGCCGCCUGCGCCAACCUGUGCCGCGCGCUCGGCUGGACCAACGGCUUCUGUCUUGACACCGAGUGGUGCCUCUGCUACAACUAACCUAAAACCCUGUCGCACGAGCGCUCAUUAAUAUUAACUAACACCAUAAGCUAUGUCAACCGUACAGUGCGUCAAAUCACGGAAUCAGUAAUAUCGAAUAAACGUUCUAAUAUAUGUACCUAAAGGAAUUGUAAUGGAAAAUGCAUUAAAGUGUUUUUAAAUUGCGAGUUUAAAAUUAUAAUGUUUUGUAAAUGGAUUUAUUGUUUAUUAUUUCUAUUAACGAUAUCUAUAGCUGCGAAUAUAUUAUAAUAAGUAGAUACGUCUAACUCGAUCACGUACCUGGGAUUUAAUUUCAAGUUUUUCAAAUCAAAAAUCUAUUCGCACAGUAGGAUUCGAAAUAACGCCUGCCAUUUUAAGUAAUCCUCUAUACGCACAAAAGCAGGCACAAAACUAAAUAUUAAGUCGAUUUUCUGUAUCAGUUACAACGUCAAAAGAAAUUAAUCCAAUAACUUUGCACACCUCGGGACAAUUAAACUUGCAAACAUAAGGAACUUGAUAAAAUAGCUUAUAGGUACCUUAAAGCAACCAUACCAAAUUGAACUUUAUCACAAAACCCUGAUAGAUUAAUAUUGCGAAAUACACGUUGGCAAAUCUAACAUACUAUUUGAAGAUACACGGCAAUAAAAACCAAUAGAAAUAAAGUCAAUUGCAAUGCUC